AUGAACCCACAGCAGUAAUCAAAAACCAAAGUGUUUAAUAACUAGUAUUCCAUAGUCAAGAAGUUGUCUUCUGGAUCAUUUGGAGUAGUGUUUCUGGGUUAGGACAUCGUUUCGAAAUAAGAUGUGGCUAUAAAGGUGGAGAAGGAGGAGAAUGAGGAGGUCAAAUCUUUGGACCGGGAAGUGCAAAUAAUAAAGAUUCUAGACGGAAGUGAGGGAUUUCCAAAAUACUAUUGGUCAGGGGAAGACCUGGGUUACAACAUACUUGUUAUUUAAUUGUUAGGAAAAGAUUUGGCAUUCCAUUUCAAAUAGCUCAAGAAAUUCAAUCUAAAAUCAGUUUUAACUAUUGGAAUCCAGGGUGUUAAUCUUUUAGAGAGAGCUCAUUCAAAAGGAGUAAUACACAGAGAUUUGAAACCUGAAAAUAUGAUGUUGGGAGUUGGCAAUGAGAUUUCUAAGUUAUAUCUGAUCGAUUUUGGAAUCAGCAAAGUUUAUAGAGACGCCAGUGGAAGACACAUCAUGUUUAAAGAUCAAAAGUCCUUUUUAGGAACUACUCGAUAUGCCUCAAUAGCAGCUCAUUUGGGUCACGAAUUAGGACGAAAAGAUGAUUUGGAGUCACUGAUGUACAUUUUACUGUAUUUCUUGCGUGGGUAGUUACCUUGGUAGAACAUGGUCAAUGUAACAGACGAGGAAAGAACACAAAAGGUUGGAGAAUUGAAGUUGUCUCUUGAAAAUGAAUUGUUUAAAGAUCAAGUUCCAGAGUUUCAAAAGAUUUAUAGUUCGAUUCGAAGAUUGUAAUUUAAACAAGAACCUGAUUACAAGAUGAUUGUGCAAGAGCUUAGAAAGGCAGCAGAAAACCUAAAUAUCGUUAUUGAUGGAAAUUAUGAAUGGUCAGAAAUCAAAUAAUCUACACAUUAUCAAUCAGAUACGAAUUAAAAUUUAAGUAAAUAAAAUAUUUAGUUCAACAAUUCAAAUGAGAUGAAAAAAUCUAUUGAAAAGUAAUUAUCCGGUGCUAUUUAACAUGGGUAAAAGGAUUACUUAAAUAUGAGCUCUUAAAACUUUCUAGCACCACCUCCAUUAUCUUCUAGGAAUAAUACUUUUCAAAGGGAUGAUAUUAGGAAGAAUUCUAGCUUGACUUAGCAAAGCAGCAUUGGAAAUUACUGUUAAUCAUUGAAUCCAAAUUAUUAGAAGUCCGUUUGCGAUGAUCCUAUAGGGAGCAGACAGGAUAUUUUAUAAAAAAAGGAAAGUUUUGAUGAUGAGAGGAUUUCCAAUUUUGAGGGUAAAGAAAUUAUUGAGAAUGGUGAGGGAUAGGAGUCCUUACUUUAAAAAUAUGAGAAAGUCAAAAAAGGAAUCAUAAUGUAUCUCUUUAAUUUGUAAUUUAGUAACCUUAUUUAAAGUUUGAAAAAGAAAAAGAAAUGA